AUGGACUGGCAGUACUUGUCCCCACUUGACCAAAUCCUUCCACGCAUGUAUUUUGGCAAAAUCCUCUGCUUCCCCUGUACAGAUGAAGCGUUGUUCCCAACCCUGAAGCAAGGAUUGAGCAAGAUCGCCGUCAAUAUCCCGCAGAUAACAUCUUUCGUCUUAGAUGACGAUUCCCAGCCAGGAAAUAUUCGGCUCGACAGUGGACGUGAUUCCAUCGACAAAAUUCUGGUGUAUCGAGAAGAUCUAGGAGCAGAUAUACCGGACUACGGGAGACUGAGGAUGGCCGCCUUUCCAAUUUUUCCCAACUCACCUCUCUUCUAUCCUCACAUUCCGGAAGUGCCAUGGGUUGCACCCUGGCCCGUCAUGCGAGCCGAGGUCACUCGUCUUCGUGAAGGCUUUAUACUCGUGGUGCUUGCUCACCACUGCGUUUUUGAUGGCGUUGGUUUGUCUAAGCUGUUCGACAUGUGGGCAGCAUCCUGUCGCGAUCCACUUGGCCCGCCUCCAGAGGUGCGCCUCGAGCGCCUGAACAGAAGAGCUAUUCUGGAGGACAGCGAGUCGACUUAUAGGCGAUCUCAGCCUUCCGUGAUCACCAAAAUAUCCAACAGACGGCAAAUACUGCUCAACAUCAUAUCCCUUCUUCGGCUGCCAUUCAGCUCGAUGUUGCCUAGGCCUCUAUUUUCUUCUUGGCCAAUCACUAUGUACCGUCUACCGUCCCACAAGCUUCAGAACCUCAAAGUCAUCAUCAACGGAUUCGUCCACAAGCUUGGAGUGCGUUUCCUUUCUACGAACGAUGUACUUUGCGCCCUGAUUUGGAGCUGCGCUACACUGGCAAUGAGUCACAAGUUUCGGCCUUGGAUCACGUCGAGCCUUUGCUCGACCGGUGUUUCGGUAAACAUCCGGUCGAAGCUCCAGCCAUGCCUCCCGGACGACUUCCUCGGCUGUGCCAUUGGGAUUGCUUACAUUGGUAUGGCAAAGAGGCAGCUUCUGGCCGCAGCUGAGGGAAACUCAAUGGAAAUGCUAGCCAGGGUAGCCGCAGCUAUUCGCCGAGGUGUAGAUGGAGUGACGAACGAAAAAAUGAAAGACAUAAUAAGUUACGUCGAAACGGAGGAAAACGCAAGCAAGCUACAGUGGCGGCCGAAGAAGCUGAACGAUUUCUACAUCGCUAGUUGGGCGCAUCAUCGCAUAUAUGACGUCGACUGGGGCUCCGGGAUUGGCAAAUGUGAGGCGCUACGUGUCGCUCAAAUCUUUCUUAUGCCAAUGUGUGUGAUACUGCCGCCGCGCGGAUCGAAGAAGGAUGAAAACGGAGACGUGGAAGUGGCUAUUUCGCUUCAGCCUUCACAUAUGGAGCGAUUCAGGAAGUUGAAACUCAUGACAGAGGUUGCGGAGAUAAUAGGCUGCUGA